GCUACAGCAAACACUGCAUUAGUGUGUACCUACCAAGGUUAGUCAUUAACUUUCUCUUUCGAGUCACUUCUGUCGAACCAAGAGCCGGCAGUGGCCGUGUCGAGGCAUGCUGCUGUGCAGUCCGCACAUCUCAUCAUGGAUGACCGCAACCACUGCCCACAGGAGAGCACUUUAACCGCGGUUGACCAUGUCACUGUAGUGUUCCAUAAAGUUGCCAGUCAUGGCGACAGUAGGAGCGCCGGUGGUGGCAGCGAAGGCGACCACGAUGGCGGGUGGUGGGACGAGGCUAAGCGGACAGAGGAAAGGACUCAUUUGCGUGACUACGACUGUGAUGCUGAGAAGGAGACAGGCAGCCCAAAGUUGCCGGAGGAAGGCGAGGAGAGUGGAGCCCUCUGCCCGCCGGCGUUCUGCGUCACCAGAAAGGCAGCAUCCGUUGGAGAGGGAGGGAGCCAAGGAAAGCCAAAGAAAUGUCCCGGUAAGGGUUUGUUCUACGCCUUCCUGUCCACCGUCUUCUUUUCCAUGAUCUCCUUGUUGGUGAAGACCAUCAAGGGUGUGCACGCCUUAGAGAUCAGUGGUUUUCGCUGCUUCUUCCAGAUGCUCUUCAUCGUGCCAUUACUCAUCUAUCACAAGACAGGCUUCCUGGGUCCGCGGGAUAAACGUAUAUAUCUGAUGCUGCGGGGUUUCCUUGGUUCCAACGCGAUGAUGCUGCUCUUCUAUGCUGUUCAGCAGAUGCCGCUGGCUGAUGCCACUGUCAUCAUGUUCAGUAAUCCAGUCUUCACCUCACUGCUGGCUUGGAUAUUCCUGAAGGAGAAGUGUACGCUCUGGGAUUGCGUCUUCACCGUCUUUACCCUCACGGGGGUCAUCCUCAUUGCCAGGCCGCCAUUUCUCUUUGGAGAGCAUAUCCAGGGCAUUGAGGGCAACUACGCAAACCACAUCAAGGGGACGAUCGCAGCCUUUGCAGGAGCAAUCGGGGCUGCUUGUACAAUGGUUGUCCUGCGCAAGAUAGGAAAGAGCGUCCACUACUACCUCUCUGUGUGGUAUUACGCCGUCAUCGGUUUCAUCCAGAGCAUCAUCAUGGUCACCGUCCUUGGCGAAUGGAAACUUCCGUACUGCGGCCAAGACCGUUGGAUGCUGAUGCUGAUUGCCGUCCUGGGCAUCGCCGGCCAAACCUUCCUAACCAAGGCCCUACAGCUGGAGAAGGCCGGCCCUGUGGCCCUGAUGAGGACCGUGGACGUUGUUCUUGCCUUCUUCUUCCAGUUCAUCUUCCUCAGCCGCGCACCCACUUGGUUGAGCCUCGGGGGGGCCCUGUGCAUCGUUUUAAGCACCAGCGGCGUGGCCAUAAAGAAGUGGUUCUGCAGCUCGCGCAAGAGCUGAACGCAAAUAGUUAAGUAUGGCUAUUUAUUUAUCCCGGUUCACUAUUUACUGUUGUGUUCUUUACUUGUUUUAACCUACAAGAGGUUACUUGGCAAAUAAGAGUAAGACAAGGAUAUUUUAGAGGGGCUUUCUUCAGUGACGGUAGUGUUGUGUGUGAAGAAGACAACCACUGCUGCCUGUGAUCAUACUUCCUAUUUUAUCUUUGUUCUAAAGUGCAAUAGAGUUUAAUAUCACCGCACUGAUGCAUUAAAAGCAGUGGUGGGCAACCUACAACAGUAACAACAGUUACAAGAGUAUUUGAUCCAAACAAAACCACAGAAAAAAAAUGUCAAUUUAGCAUGGAUCUUGGAGAAUUUUAGAAGAACUUGAGGCCCUACCCCUGCUUGAAACCAAAGAUAGACUUAGCUCAGUAUCCUUUUUGAGCCUGAAUGAAAUAACCAAAGCCAGCAAUAGGACCAUUCACUGUGUCAAAAAAGUCUUAAAACUAUUACAAAACAUUUUUGACAUGUCUUAAAGACAAACUGUUGUGAUAUAUUGCAGGCACACCAGCAGUAGUAGCACUUAAACUAGGGAUGCGUAAUUUGACUAAUCGGGGAAAUGCGCAAUCAAUUGUUAUUUAAUGGAAUAGGAAAAUCUCUAUAUGAAUGUUCUGAACUCCUAUUGUGAACAGAAGAGUUGUGCCAUAGGGUGGAUGUCGGUAGCUAAAUGUCCCCAUAGCUUACAGUACUUGUUGAAUCAACAGCGCCUUUGCUGGUAGUGCACUCGAUUUUGCAUUAUGAUUCAAUUCCACGCAAUCAACAGGAUUCUUAAAGAUCAAUAAGUGGACUAAAUGAUUAUUACGUCAUUAUUAAAGCUAGCGGUGUAACAUUUGUUACAUACAUUGUUUGGAUCAAGUCAAGUAGGAUUCUCUCAGGGAUCGCUACAAGUUAUUACUGGAAGACGUCCUCAUAUUGUUUUUGUCUCUUUCUCCAAAAUAUGCCUUAACUUUAAUAGCAAUUUUAUUGUCAGUUGAUAAUUAAGUGCCUUUACUGAACUCAUGUGUGAGGCAGCUCUGGACAAAAAAAAAUAUCGGGACACAUGGCCAAGCAACCUAAAAUCAGAAUGUCCAGACGUCCCCUGGGUCUCCUGCCACAUCUAUGGGGGGGGUUGCAUAUGUCAUGUACUGUACGUUUGAGUUGUGCAUUCUCUUCAAGAAGUUUAUUACUGACUGUGAUGAGGGUUACUUUUAUUUUUAUCCACAAGUAUAUAUCUAUUACCGUUCUUUAUUACACACAAAAAAUGACGAUGCUGAAAAGAAUAUAUUCAUGCAAAAUUAGAUGUAUACUUUGGCUUGUUUUUGUGCUGCCAAAAAUAAUUUAAAAGACGGUUAGAAAGUAGAAAUGUUUUGUUUUUUUGACUUGCUUGUUUUUUUUUUUUUUAGAAGUGAAUAAUUAAUUCAUUUCUUUCGGGGGUUAUUGUAGCAGCCUGGCAAUGCACACAAGUAAUGUUUGAGGUAUUUACAUUGUAUUUAUAGUAAAUAUUUCUGUCAUUUAUGACAUGGAUAUAUACUGUAUAUGGAUUAUAUUUAGUUCAGUAAUAAAAAUGCUUCAGACCGCA